AUGUAUUCCGAUUUUUCUAACGUCCUCACCAAUAUCGCCCACCCAAAGACAGCGGCCACCAUUACGCUGCGAAUAAUAAAAUCAUUCAAGUAUCGCACAGAAAAGAGCCUUGUCCUCCACAAAGUCAAUCUCGAGACGACGACUGUAGGCCAGCUCAAGGAGUUGGCGCAUGAAGCCGUCAAGACACAACCAGGAUGGAAGCCAUAUCGAAAUGUUGUUCUUGAUGUGCUCAAGCUGUAUACGCAGGCUCACAGUGCAAAGACAACAAAUCUUAUAAUAAAUCUCGACCACGAUGAAUGGCUAUUUGAUGAUGACUCCAAGAUAUUAGCCGAUGUCGGGUUCGAAAAUGAAACCGAAGUUAGUUUCUUUAACCGGGAGUUGUAUGAGCAGUUUAAGCGGAACCCUCAGACAAGUUGGGAUUGUUGA